UUGCUGGUAAGAGCUGCAGAUUUUUUUUCCCACUCUCAUUGACAUUUCAACUCCAAGACGGAUCCAAAGGUAGAUAGAUUUUAAUCGGGACCUAUACGUUUCUGUUGCUGUGAUUCGGAGGAGAGAUCCGGGGAGGGAAGAAGCGACUUUAUACGUACAGGAUACCGGUCAGACACAGCUACUGCCUUUCAUCCGGGAUAUCCCCUCCAUCUCCGCCGAAGACCACUGGAAACUAAUUUUUCCUCUUCUAAACUUCCCGAGAAAGACUGAUCCUGGUCGGCUUUUUGUUUUUGCUCUUUCUGUGGUGUGGAGAACUAGGCGGUAGCCUAUAGUUUACCAAGGACUUUGACAACGACGCAGGAUGCCCCAAAAAGAAUACCACAACCAAGCCACGUGGGAGUCUGGCGUAGCCUCAAUGAUGCAGAACAAGGUGUAUGACAUCUGUGAUGAAGGUCACAGUGGCGUAAACCAGCUUGGUGGUGUGUUUGUUAAUGGUAGACCGCUGCCGGAUUCCACCAGGCAGAAAAUAGUUGAACUUGCUCACAGUGGUGCUCGACCCUGCGACAUCUCCAGGAUACUUCAGACCCAUGAUGAAGUCCAAGUGCUGGACAGUGAAAAGGUAUCCAACGGCUGCGUAAGCAAGAUCCUGGGCCGCUAUUAUGAAACUGGCUCCAUAAGACCGAGAGCAAUAGGCGGCAGCAAGCCCAGAGUUGCCACUCCAGAGGUGGUCGCGAAAAUCGCGCAGUACAAGCGGGAGUGUCCGUCUAUCUUCGCGUGGGAGAUCCGUGACAGACUUCUGUCGGAAGGGAUCUGCACCAACGACAACAUACCCAGUGUGUCAUCGAUUAACAGAGUCCUCCGCAACCUGGCUAGUGAAAAGCAACAGAUGGGCGCAGAUGGCAUGUAUGACAAGCUGAGAAUGCUCAACGGUCAGACAGGAACUUGGGGGACCCGGCCAGGCUGGUACCCCGGAACAUCAGUGCCAGGGCAGCCCAACCAAGACGGCUGCCAACAACAAGACGGCGCAGGAGAAAACACAAACUCCAUCAGCUCGAACGGGGAGGAUUCAGAGGAGACACAGAUGCGACUGCAGCUCAAGAGGAAACUACAGAGAAACCGCACGUCCUUCACACAGGAGCAGAUCGAAGCACUGGAAAAAGAAUUUGAAAGAACUCAUUAUCCAGAUGUUUUCGCACGAGAGAGACUAGCAGCGAAAAUUGACCUGCCCGAAGCAAGAAUACAAGUAUGGUUCUCAAAUAGAAGAGCGAAGUGGAGGCGAGAGGAGAAGCUGCGGAACCAGCGCCGGCAGGCCAACAACUCCUCCAGUCACAUUCCCAUCAGCAGCAGCUUUAGCACCAGCGUCUACCAGGCCAUCCCACAGCCCACUACACCGGUGUCUUUUACCUCGGGGUCAAUGCUGGGUAGACCUGACUCUGCCCUGGCAAACACCUACAGCGCGUUGCCCCCCAUGCCCAGCUUUACCAUGGCGAACAAUCUACCUAUGCAAGACUCAUCUCUCCUGGAGUGUCUGUCCCUGUCCAAGUACCAGGGAGCGAGCCUGACAUGUCUCAGUACUGGUCAAGACUACAGUAGAGAGAAGAGCUACUUCACCCUGUAACCACCCACUCCACAAUCGCCCUCCGGCAGUGCUCCUCACACAUACACGGCACAGGAGAGUAGAGAAGGCGAGAGAGAGGGUUGUGAAGAGGCAAAGGACAGGAGAGGAAAGAAAGAGAGAGAGACUCUGGGAGAGCCUUGGGACGUCUGGGCUUUGUGUUUCCAGUGGGACUGUGUGCUGUUCUGUAGCUCUAGGCACAUUCAAACGAGGACUUGGAAGAGAGAACAACGAUGGAAAGAGAAAAACAAUGGACCUCUGUAAAGUGCCCGGUGUUACAUUUUUAUGGAACAAAAACUUAUCUGUUUUUUUUGUCUAUUUCCAACUUCAGUCAUUGUUUCCUUUUUCUCUGGUGUGUUAGUAAAUGGCCAUUUGUAUGUUAAUAUGAAAAACCAAGAUCAAGUACUGAUAGAUGGACUGCUAGAAAACCAUGUUGGUCUUGCAUUUGUUUGAGAGAGGAGAAGCUGAGAGAUUCUGCCAUGACUAUCUUUUGAUCUGCUUAUAUCGAGACUUUCUACCAGCCUUUGCAUGGUCUCUGGACGCUGUUGCAUAUCAUUAAAGAGGAAAAGCUGGAGGGAAGACUCUUACUGUGUAAAAAACAACAACAACUAUUUAUUGGUCUUACUAUUUACGAAUGAAUAUUUAGCAGAGGAAACUCAAACUCGAUCCACCCACUGACGCUGUGGUCUAGACUCCCCUGACGUGGGCCUGCGUGCCGGCUUAUUAACCACGGAUCCCUAUCAUCAGCUCAAAGUGUUCAAAGACGGCACAACAUGCAACACAACCUUGGACCUCUUGCUUCGGUGGUUGGAUUGACUCUAGAAUACCACGAAGAACAUUAAAUGUGGAAAACAGGUGGAAAAGAAAACCUGUAGUCUGUAAAUGGUAGACUGCUUCUUCGAUAUAAUCCAGUUUGUUUGUCAAAAUGUAAAGUACUUGUCUUCCCUAGAAAUCUUUUCUCCAAAAAGAUUUCUCCAAUAAAGGUUGAUUUCAUUUAUAUCCCCGAGAAUAUUCUAUAAAUGUUCCAUGCAUCAUGAAAUAAAUUUCUUUAGGGUCAGGUACAAUUUGUCUCUUAGGUAUAGUUGUAUUAUAGUGUCCUAUGGUCAAAAAAAAUUGUGCAACUAGAAAUAUUUAAUUCCUAUAAUUAUGAUUAAACAUUGCUUGACAGAGUUUUAAACUUAAGUGUUUGGCAGUUGUUUACAAGUACAUAUCAGAUUUAAUCAUUGUUGAUUGUAAAACAGACCAAAGCCUUUGUAUUUCAUCUAGUACACAAUGUUUUUUUGUUUUUUUAAAGAUAUUAGUCUUGUGUUGCAAAAUUUUGUAAACACGUUCUGUUCAAUUACAUUGGCUUCAAGUUCGUAAGACUGCAGUCGAACCCGGCAGUCCUUAUUUAUAAAUGAAGACCAUGGGAGGGUUUUUCUAGCAUCAUCUGUCAUGCUCUUUUGAGUUUUGCAUUUUUAUUUCAGUGUGUAAGUAGAACAUGGACACACACUGGGUUUACGUCUGAGCAAUGCUUCUGAGAUAAAAAGUCUACACGCUGUCUCUUAAAUAUUUCAAUUUAAUUUUAUUUAAAAUGGAGCUUUCUAAAUGUAUUUUGUGAAAACUAUAAAACAUUUUGUACAGUAAAAUUGUGUCUUAAAGAAA